AUGUCGAGCGACAAGGUCGACGCGGAGGGGCAAGUGUCCAAAGCGGCCGAUGUGGAUGCCGCUCUCGAGUAUCUCGACCAUGAUAACACCACGGUGAUGACAGAGAUUGACGAGAAAAAAUUGGUUCGCAAGAUUGACUUUCGGAUAGUGCCCCUCAUGUGGGCUUGCUACAGCUUGCAAUACCUAGACAAGACAUUGAUUAACUACGCCAAUGUGAUGGGCCUCCAAGACGACACCUCGAUAACAGGCGACCAAUUCUCCCAUCUGGCCCUCGUAUUCUACGUUACAUACCUGGCCUUCGAGUUUCCUACCGGCUACCUUAUGCAGCGUUUGCCCACAUCAAAGUACCUCGGCGCCAAUGUGAUCCUUUGGGGCCUUAUGGUCACCCUCACCUCCGCCGCUAAGAACUGGGCCGCUCUCGUCACCCUGCGCGUGCUGCUCGGCUGUUUCGAGGCCGCCGUAGCACCGGCCCUGAUCCUCAUCACGUCCAUGUGGUACAAAAAAUCGGAGCAGCCCGCCCGCGUCAGCUUCUGGUACGUCGGGACCGGAACGGGCAGCAUCAUCGGCGCCUUGGCGAGUUUUGGGUUCCAGCACUACGAGGGUGAGCGGUUCACUUCGUGGCAGAUCAUAUUUUUGCUCUUCGGGCUCAUCACUAUCGUCGUCGGUACAUUGGUUGUAGUGUUUAUGCCCGACAGUCCCAUGACCUCGAAGUUGACCCGCGAGGAGAGGAAGUUUGCUAUCGAGCGCGUGCGCGAAAACCAAACGGGAAUCGAGAAUAAGCAUUUCAAGAUGUACCAAGUGGUAGAGUGCUUCAGGGAUCCACAGACGUGGCUGUUAAGCUUGAUCACCAUUUGCAGCAAUGUGCCGAACGGCGCGGUGUCGUCGUACCAGGCUACUAUCAUCAAAGGGUUCGGGUAUACGAGCAAGGAGACGGCUCUACUGUCUAUUCCCAGCGGUGUGGUGGCGUGCAUAUCGGUGUUAUCGGCCGGACUUGUUGUUGCCAAAUUCAACAUGCGCGGACCCGUUAUCAUCGCCACGCUGCUGAUCGGUGGUGUCCUCGGGGGAAGUUUGCUGGCUUUUUUACCGCAUGACAAUAAGGGCGGGUUGUUAGCUGGCAACUACUUGACCAAUGUUAUUGGAAGUAGCUUGCUGAUUCUAUACAGCCUUGCGGCGGCCAAUUAUGCCGGGCACACGAAAAAGGUCACCAUGAAUGCGAUUGUGCUGAUCUCAUUUUGUCUGGGGAACAUCAUUGGGCCAUUGACCUUCCGCGAUGUCGACAAGCCGGAUUAUCUACCUGCCAAAAUCACCAUCGUAGUCUCCGCUGCAGUUUCCGUCGCUUCGACAGGUCUGUUGAUGGCGUACUACUCCUGGGAAAACAAGCGGCGCGACAGCAUAUACUCAGGAAUCGGACACAAAGAAAACAGCGAGUUUCUGGAUUUGACUGAUCGAGAGAAUAAGGAGUUUAGGUAUCAUUGGUAA